GAAGUUAUUUCCCUUCAUAAAGUUAAUGGCGGCAGGCUCAAACUACAACGAAUGAUCGAUCACUGCAGUGGUUUCAAAAAAAAUUAUGGAUUCCUUCAGAAUGAGCCUGUCGUAAGAAUAUGAAUAAGGGAAGCCUUGCUAGUGCAGAAUAUCGCCUGCGUGUUCAAUUUUCAAGCACUGUAUUCGCCAACUAAAGGCUUUAGUCAUGCUAGAUCUUACGAUGUCAUCUAUCUAAAGACUGAAGGUCCCUGAAACAAGAAUAAGAUUUCCGAUUCUGAAAUACCAUGCCUUCAAUUGUGGAUAUACACGAUCGCUCCUAUGUCGAGGGCAGGCCUUCGAAAACGAGUUUAUGCAGUUGUGGGAGUAAGAAUAAGAGACGGUACACCUUCCUCGAGUCCUUGGAUGAACAAGUCCCUGAUCACCUACGACUGCCCAACGCGAGAAGAAUAGUACAUUUAUUCCCUGACAGAAGAGAUGAAGCUGCGCGGCAGCUCUACAGAUAUUUCAACAAACUGUCUUUAACUCGAAGCUGCCGAAGGUACGUAGAUCUCACUUGGAACAACCGGCUUCUGCGGACCGCCGGGUGGUGCGUCUUGCAUUUGAAUGGAGGAAAGCGAACAGUAACAAUCGAACUCUCUAACAAGGUGUGCGACACAGCAGAGCGGGUUCGCGAUACGCUGGUGCACGAGAUGUGUCACGCAGCUGUUUGGGUCAUCAAUGGCGAGAAACAAGGCCACGGACCUUUGUGGAAGCUAUGGGCAGACUGGGCCAACCAGCGUCUGCCAGAGCUGCCGCCUAUCAGUCGCUUGCACAGCUACAGCGUGGCUACCAAAUAUAUUUACGUCUGUACUAACUGCAACAUCAGCGUUGGGCGACACUCCAGAUCACUGGACAUGUCUUCGUGUCGGCAGUGCGGUAGCCGUUACGCGCUGUGCCGCCAGUCCAAGUCCGGCAUUUUUAGGCGUGAGCCGAGCGCCUACAGUGUCAGGAACUCAAGGGCCAUCAACCGCUUUUCCAUUUUCGUCAAGACUCACUAUUCAGUCGUGAAGAUGAGAGAGCGCGGCAUAGGGCAUGCGCAGGUCAUGAAGAUUCUUAGCAUGGAGUACGCAAAGGCCAAGCAAAGUGCUCUCGAAAGCGAAAAAGAAAAGACAAGACUAAUAACGCCUAAAAUAAAUAAUCGUUGCUGCAGUGAGACAGGGAUAGGAUGUGAGCUGUGAACUCUUCUAUAAACUGCGUAGGAGCAAGAGUGUGUACUCCGUGUCGGUUGGUUCGAAGGUUAUCAGAUAUCUCCUAGGUCUUCGCAUGUUGUCAAAAAUUGUGCGUGUUAAGAAAGAGCAAUUAAAAAACACUACGCAGGAAAAA